AUGAACGCUGCCGUUUGUAGCAGUGUGUCAUCCACCACUUCCAUUGUCGUUGUGGCCUGGUUCCCUUGGUCACCUGUGGUGCUCAGUGCUGAUGCGGGCCACUCAAGCUGGGAGGUCAUUCACAAGGACAUGUAUCUUUCCAAUACCUUGCCCUUCCAAGGCCAGCUUUACGGUUUCCUGCAGACUUCAAGGCAGAUUGUGCAAGUCUACCCUCCAAAACCACUCGGCCCUGGCCCUGUCGUUGCUCAUGUUCCAAUUAAGUUUGGCAACCCAUUUUUCUGCAGCUACUACCUUGUGGAGUCCGAUGGCCACAUGCUACUUGUUGUCAAGUCUAUGAACUUGGUGGGUCGUGAUGUGGAGGAGUGGCGACGUUAUGUCAUUGUGAUCUUCAAGGUUGAUGUAAGCCUUGGCCACUGGGAACUGAUUCCAGUAAGCAGUCUUGGCGACCGGGCAUUGUUUGUAUCCAUGGACAGGUGCCUGUCCGUGAAGGCGAAGAACCUUCCUUCCAUCAGCAGCAACUCAAUUUACCUCACUGUGCCACUCCCGGAUCCGGUCGUCAUGCAUUCCCUGAGCAGCCAGUCAUUUGAGUGGCCAACGACGUUGUGUCAGGUCCACGACGUGAAGGAGAAGAUUCACCCGUCCGUCCGGCCCUUCACCAUCGCUGAUCAUCUUCUCACCUACUGCAAUCAUCGUGAAUGGGCAACUGGACUAAUGUUUCAUGAGUAUUACACUAUACCCAAGUCUUAUGAAGAGUUGUGGAAGAAAAUAAGAGCUCAGGAUUCUGAAGUGAGGAUUUCGCGCGUGCAAGAUUCAAUCAGGAAAGGGAAAAGGAGUGUCGAACUGAAGAAGGAAUAA